AUGGCGAUUUGCAUGUGUUACGAGUCACAGAUUGUAGCGAAAUUGAUAGUGAACCCAUGGAUUUCGCCGAGGAGAACGAGGCUAGGUUUUGCAGCGGUCGGACGGCGGAGUUUAGCCACGAGUUGCAGAAUUCCGAUUACCGUCAGGUCAUCGGCGGUGGAUUCCCCUGAGAGUUCUUCCAAUUUCGCCAAGCGUAUGGAGCAAGCCUGGAUGAUCUCUCAGCAACCAAGGCCCGUUGGAUGCUCAUCGUGCGCUUCAAAGGGCCAUGUUGAAUGCAAAUGGUGUGCAGGUACAGGAUUCUUCAUCCUCGGUGAUAACAUGCUUUGCCAGGUUCCUUCAAGGAAUACUUCUUGCGUUAUCUGCUCAGGGAAGGGUUCUGCUUGCUGUAGCGAUUGCAAGGGAACUGGAUUUCGUGCCAAGUGGUUGGAAAAGCCUCCAGUGCCGUUGUAG